AUGGCAGAGGUGCAGCAGCUGCCGUCAAAGUUCAUCUCCGUCCACGGUCUUUCGGCUGCUCGUGGGAAGAAGUACCUCUGCGUGAUCUGCAAUUCAGAAGGGUCCUUUCUCUGUACACAGUGCCGGAGUUGCUAUUGUUGUCGCGAGCACUUGCUGCUGGAUGACCUUGCAUGCCAUUCAUUGCUUUGCGACAGGCAGUCAGCCAUACGAGAGAUAAUGAAACUCCCUCUGGCCACACGUACUCGGCCAGAGAUUGCUACAAAGCUUACCAUUCUUCAGGACGAGUGUCGGCGCGUUGCAUAUUUGGAAUCACGACGGCAUGUACUAGAAGGGAACAAUGAACUGGCCCUUCCGGCAGCUGAGCGCUCUCUGAUUUUUGCAAAGGCUGUCCAUGGGGACAACUCUAUAGAAUUAAUACCACCCCUCCUAGCCCUUGCUGAUGUGGCGUGUCUGGCAGGAGCACAAGACGCGGCACGUGGAUACGCUUCGCGAGCAAGGUGGCUACUUCUAGGCAAAGAGACAGAACUGCGGUUGCUGGUGGAGACUCACCUGAGACCUUAUGUCCGUCAAUGCAACGAGGUGGUGAAUAGGCUUACUGGACGGAAUACUGGCUGCCUUUCAGCGAAGCUAUCUAAUACAAAGUCGCAAGGAUUGCAAAAGCUAACAAAACCCUUUGGAAAAGCGUUCUCCAGCACUAGUACUCGUCUAAAAUUACCAUCUCAUCCUGUGAGUAAGGAUCUAUCUACAGAGAAGCUGCAGAAGGCUGAGGAGUCUUCGAGCUCUGAGCUAUACCUAGACAAUUGCAUUAGUGACGAAAUAUUUCGAACGAAAGAAGGGAUUCGACUUGCCUUUCUAUCGUGCCGCUAUUGGUCCACAGAGACUCGUCUUAGAGCAGCCGAGAACCUAUAUGUGGAGGCUUUGGACACAGCAGCUAUAGCUUGCUACUUUGCUGCACUGGCAUCCGGCCCCACUAGCAUGUCAACGUGUUUGCAAUUGUACGCUGUUUCUAAGCUUCUUAUUCUUUCUAUGGUAUCCCAGGAGUCUCAUGCGGUUUCAGUAAUGCUGCAAGCACAGGACAUGCUGCGGGGGACAAUUAUCCAGUUUUACGCACCAUAUGUUAUCGGGAUACAGCACUACUGCACUGAUAAUAGCUGUGAGCCAGAUAGUCAGAUACUUAGCAAGUUCAUGGCAGAGUUCCAACGAUCAGAUAGAAGGCGCGAGGAAGACGAACGGUUGGCUUUCCGCGCAGACAUCAAGGAGGCUGUGCAAUAUAUCUUAUUUACUGUGGACUAUCUAGAACGACACUACGGUCACAAAGCCAAGUGCUUUAUCGAGUGCGUCAUGUGUCUGGCUCUGUGCCUAGAAAUAGUGGAAGAUGCCAGUAGAAGCGAAUACAUCACAAAGGCAUGGGAGCUUGUUCGCAGCGUCGACGAGACGAUAAUCAAUCCAGUCUUAUUCAAAAUCUUUAUCUUCACUUUUCCAGUUUAA